CGGCUCGGAUCGCGCGGUUGUGUGUAAACAGUCAGUGUGCGGGCGGUACCGUUGGUCUCGGCUUGGGGCAGCAUCAUACUUUUACCGUCGCGCCAUAGAUGCACGGUUGUGAGGUCGUGGCCGCGAUUGUAGUUUUUUUUUUCUCUCGGUGCUGACGGUUACGUUCGUAACGGGACGAAGCGUGCCAUUCACAACAAAAAGUUGUAGAACUCCGUACGCCUCGAUUGCGGUACGACUGCUAUUAAUUUGUUAGUGCUUUGUUUUUGUCUGGUCGAGGGCUCAGCGCGUGCAGCAUCCGGGUUUUCGGGAAUUGCCUGAUUGUCCCAGAAAAAUAGUGUGUAAUUUGCAACGAAAUAGAGCACGAAGAGGAAAUCUUUCUAGUCGACGGAAGUGAUGAAAUAAAAAUACGAAUGGGUGUGUAGUGAUCGCGAAGAAAGUUAUUUCUGCGAAAGUGUCAUUGGUUGAAAAUUCAAGCCGCGAAAGCAUUCUUCCUUGAAACUCGCUUUGUGUGUGACAGUACAACAAUAUUUAUCAUCAAAGGUUGCUGCGGUUUAACAACAACAUCAGUAAUAGUAUUGUUCCGAAUCCGGAACAAAGAGAGGUCGGGGAACUGACAGUGAUGGUGUGCAUUGAGUAGGACCCGUUAUCGGGGAACGGAAUUUAUCGUGGGGUGUAGUGGGGAGUGUAGCUUCGGGAAUAACAUCACAAAGCCCAAACACAGACUCACAGAGACAGAGCGAGAGCAAGUGAACUAAACGGAGCGAAGGUGGUUAUCCUCCGGCAGACGAUACAACCAGUCAGCUGUUUUGGUCCAGACCGGAAUUGGAGAGAAGCAGGAACAGGUUGCGAAUAGCAAGGCGGAGCUGGAACGGGCUGGACCUGUAGACGAUGGCCAAACUUGUCGGCGAUGAAGGUUACGGUCAUCCACUAAAGUAUGAUCCAGAAUUUAAAGGACCUCUGUCAAAGCGAUCGUGCACGGAUAUUCCAUGCCUGUUACUAUUUUUCCUCUUCCUUGUCGCCUGGGGAGGCGUGGCAUACUACGCUUUUGUCAAAGGCGACUUGGAUCGGCUGCUGGUGCCGACGGAUUCGAACGGACUCAAGUGUGGCGUCGACAGCGAAGUGCAGAAGGAACCCUACCUGGUAUUCUUCGACAUAUCGGAGUGUGCGAAACCCGAUGUACCGUUGUACGGUUGUAAGACACCCCAGGUGUGCGUCAGUCAAUGUCCCACCGAAGAUUUCGCCUAUCGGGCCGAAGACUGCAAUGCCAACUCGUUGGCAACUAUCAGGUCCAAACUGAUCUGCGAUCAUUCCGUCCAAAAAAAUCAGCUAAGCUGUGCGGAAAUUCAACCCAUCAUCGACCGCGGACGGUGCGCUAAGUAUUAUCUGAAAAGUGUUCCGUUUGCGAAGCGUUGCAUAUCCAAUCUUCCGGACACCGAGUGUCCGUACAUUCCACCCAAGGUACUGCAACAGUACCAACUAAUACCGUCGGAGGUGAACUUGAGUUUUCGAAAUAGUAUCACUCGCAUGGGUAAGCAGCUGUCCGAACCACUGCGGCAGGAUUGUGCCAAACAACGUCGGAUCGGUCGUCAACUGCUAGUCGAUCGGAUGACUAAGUUGCAGUCUUACUUCGCUCGCUAUGUAGACAACGUACUGUCCCACAUCACCAACGAUACCCGCGUCCAUCAGACUGGUCAAAUGGUCGUAGAAGACAUCCUGGAAACUUGGCGUCUAGUUCUCGUGUUCCUGUUGGUAUCUCUUCUGGUUAGUCUGAUCUUCAUCACGAUGCUACGGUGGAUCGCUAAACCAAUGGUUUGGAUAUCGAUUCUGGGAGUGAUCGUAGCCCUCUGCUAUGGGGUUUACUAUAGCUACGCUCAGUACAGCUACAUCAGCCAGCAUCCGGUGGAAAAUCACGUUAAUGUCUCACCAAAUCUUAGCUCGCUGGUUCAGUCCUGGUUCAAAUCGGACCAAACGUGGCUUUGGAUUCUAAUCAUCCUGUCCAUCAUUUUGGUCGUCCUUUUGCUGGUGGUGUUGGUUCUCCGGAAACGAAUUGUCAUCGCGAUCGCACUUGUCAAAGAGGGCAGCAAAGCCGUCAGCGCCAUCUUUUCCACCGUUUUCUUCCCAAUCAUCCCUUGGGUACUGCAUAUUCUGGUCAUCAUAUUUUCGAUCGCAGUAGGUCUUUACCUAGCCUCGAUCGGUAAACCCGUGUAUAGAGUGUACGGGUUGAAUACGUCCGUUUCGUGUGUCUGCGAUAAUGGCUACCGAGAUGGGGACAUUUGCGAUCCGGUCGAUUUUAACGAUCGCUGCCAUAACAGUGCGAUGCGUGAUCUAUCGGGACGCUGUAUGGAUGCAGCGUGUCACUUUCAGGAGAUCGAUAGUCCAAAAGAAGUGGGAUAUUUUCAUGCACUGAACGUGAUAGGUUUCUUCUGGGGUAUCUGUUUUGUGUCCGCCUUUGGCGAAAUGGUUCUAGCGUUCACAUUCGCCACCUGGUAUUGGACAUUCCACAAAAAGGAGCUACGUUUCUUCGUACUGACUACUGGAUUCUUGCGAACCGUUCGCUACCACCUGGGAACACUUGCUUUUGGUUCGCUAAUCAUCGCCAUAUGUAAGAUCAUUCGAGCCAUGUUGGAAUACAUCGAUCACAAGCUGAAAAAGUACGACAACGGAGUGGUGAAAGCAGUACUGUGUUGCUGCAAAUGUUGUUUCUGGUGUUUGGAAAGUUUCCUCAAGUUCCUGAAUACUAAUGCGUACAUAAUGUGCGCCAUCCACGGUAAAAACUUUUGCUCCAGUGCGAAGGACGCAUUCAGUCUGCUGGCCAGAAAUGUACUGCGUGUUAUCGCCCUGGACAAGGUUACCGGAUUCCUGUUUUUCCUAUCGAAGCUGCUGCUGGCGUGCGGAAUGGCUGCGGUGACGUACACGUUCUUCGACGCAGGCAUUACCAAGCAGCUGCACUAUCCGUUCGUUCCGGCCAUCCUGGUGUUCCUCGGGACGUACAUCAUUGCGGCCGUGUUCUUCAGUGUGUACUCGGUGGCGGUGGAUACGCUGUUUCUCUGCUUUCUGGAGGACUGCGAGCGCAACGAUGGCACGGCGGAGAAGCCGUACUACAUGUCCAAAAGUUUGAUGAAGAUACUGGGCAAGAAGCAAAAGUUUAUCGCUGCCCGCUAGGAGCAUCAAUCAAACAAACGAACUCCACCACCGUAUGUGAUCGCACUAUUACCGGUAGAUAUGCCGGUUGGGGACCAUUCAUAUAUUACGUAACGCGAAAAUUACCCAAAAUUGAUUCCUUCCCCCCCCCCACCAUGUCACAAUUGUCACAAAUUUCUUUAUCUCCCCCUAGUACGUAACGAAUUCCCUAAAAACUGUUUUUCUUCAGUAAAAACAUGUUACUUAACGUUGUGGCUUACUCGUGUUACGUAAUUUAUGUAUGUUCCCUUGAGUGAGAAGAAAAAAACAAAUAUUUAACUUGAACAUAAGAGUAGGGAAUACAUAUAGUGCAACAAUAAACACUAAGCCAAAUAUUAAGGAUCAAAACUAUGUUUAUUGAUCACAAAAAAAGAAUCAUCGAGGCCAAAGUUUGAAAGAGAUAGAGAGAGAGAGAGUAUAAGGAAAGCAAGAGAUAUACUCACGAAUGGUGCAAUUAGCCAAAGGGUAAAAACUUUUCUUUUUCAAGAACAUAUUGAAAACAAAUGAUAAAAGACUUACUAUAUUACCACUAUGCUAAUAUCGAAUCGUCAUGUAACAAUUUCGUACUUUAAGCGAGGAUGGUUUGUGCUGGCAAGUUACUGUAAGAGAGUUUCUUGGAAGGAGUGAGAAAAACAGAACAUAUUUGUUAAGAAUUGCGUAUUUUUAUACCAAUAUUUAUAAAUAAAAGUUUGAAGGCAAUAUUGGAACCAAUUGUGGCGGAUAUCAAGACACGCGAUCGAAACAAAAGGGUUGUUCGAAGAAUUUGUUGUUGUUUGAAAGCGUAACCGAUUGUGAUUGACUGCGAUUCUAGAAGAAUAAGAACACAUUAAGUAUGAUGAAAAAGAUAUACCUCUUAGAUGCUGAUUUUAGAUGUUCUUAACAUUUUUUCAGAUGUAAUUAUUCACAGCAAUCUGCAGCUUUGCUGCCUAUAUGAUAUGUCAUUAAUAGAUGUGUUUCUGUCAAGCAUUACAGGAAUUAUUCAUGAAAUCGUAAAGUUUUACACAG